CACUGGCAGACGCGAGGCAGCGAGGAGUACGAGGCUGAGGGGCAGCUGCGCUUCUGGAACCCAGAUGACCUGAACGCCUCCCCUGGAGCAUCGCUGCCCACCCCGGACUGGAUAGAGGAGAAGCUGCAGGAGGUCUGCCAGCACCUUGGCAUCACCAGGGACGGCCACCUGAACCGCAAAAAGCUCAUCUCCAUUUGUGAGCAGUACGGGCUCCGAACGGCGGCCGGGGAGGUUCUUGAAGAGGUGCUCCAUAACCUGGAGCAAGAUGGCACCAUGAGCAUCGAAGACUUCUUCUACAGCUUGUUAAAAAACGGGAAGUCGCUGACGCCCUCGGCAUCCACUCCAUACAGACAGCUGAAACGGCAUCUCUCCAUGCAGUCCUUUGAUGAGAGCGGGAGGCGCACGACCACCCCUUCGGCCAUGCCCAGCACCAUCGGCUUUUGCCCCUCUUCCCGCUGCGUGGAGGCUGUCCUCGACUGCUGGCACCAGGAGGGCAUAGACAACAGCCAGGAGAUCCUGAAGGCUUUGGAUUUCAGCUUGGAUGGGAAGGUGAACUUGACUGAGCUGACGCUGGCGCUGGAAAACGAGCUUUUAAUAACCAAGAACGGGGUCCACCAGGCAGCGCUGGCGAGCUUCAAAACGGAGAUCAGACACUUGCUGGAGAGGGUUGAUCAAGUGGCCAGAGAGAAAGAGAAGCUGCGGUCGGACUUGGAAAAAGCCGAGAAGCUGAAAUCCCUGAUGGCCUCCGAAGUGGAUGACCACCACGCUGCGAUUGAGCGCCGGAACGAGUACAACCUCAGGAAGCUGGACGAGGAGUACAAGGAACGAAUUGCAGCUUUAAAGAACGAGCUCCGGAGAGAGCGGGAACAGAUCCUGCAUCAGGCCAAUAAACAGCGGCUGGAGCUGGAGCAGGAGAUAGAAAAGCUGAAAAUUGAUGAGAACUACAUCCGGGACCGCCUGGCACUUUCCCUGAAGGAAAACAGCCGCCUGGAAAGUGAGCUAUUGGAAACAGGAGAAAAACUGGUUGAGUAUGAAAGUUUGGCAAGCAAACUGCAGAGGAACUUGGAAAACGUCCUGGCUGAGAAGUUCGGCGACCUGGAUCCUAGCAGCGCGGAGUUUUUCCUGCAGGAGGAGAGGCUGGCGCAGAUGAGAAGCGAGUACGAGCGGCAGUGCAGGGAGCUGCAAGACCACAUCGACGAGCUGCACUCGGAGCUGGAGGAGUACCGUGCGCAGGGAAAAGUGCUCAGACCUUCACUGAAAAACUCCCUGUCGGAAGAGUUCGAUAUUGAUAUGAAAAAUCACGGCAACAGUGGCAUUGAGCCUGACCAAGGUCUUGGUUCAGAAGACUGCAACCCGUUAAAUAUGAGCAUAGAGGCAGAAAUGGCUAUUGAGCAAAUGAAGGAGCAACACCACAGGGAUCUACAUCAGCUCAAACAGGAGCUUGAAGACACUGUGAGCCAUUACAAAAAGCAGCUAGAUGAGACAAAAACCCACUGUGAAAAGGAGCAAGAGGAUAUGAGGAAAAAGUACACCGAGGAGAUGCAUGUCAUGGAAAAGCAAAUAACUGGCCUUAAAAAUCAAAUUGCAGAGCUGCAAGGAGAGGCAGCAGCACUCAGGGAACAGCAGGAAAAGCUUGACUGCAAAUAUAACGACGAGAAGAACAAGCUACAGAUGAGUUUCAGUGAGGAAAAAGCCAAUCUGCAGGAGCUGUUGAGGCAGGAGCAUGAGGAGGAUGUCAGAGCCAGACUGGAGCAGGUCAACGAGAAGUUUAGUCAAGAGCGGGAAGAACUGAUUCAAAACGGCAUCUGGGUGGAAGAGAAGAUGAGAGUUUUGGUGCAGACGCUGCAGGAAGAGAAGGGAGAGCUGGAACAGGGCUUUCGGGAGGAGUUGAAGAGGCUGGCGGAGGUGCACGCCCUGGAGAAGGAAGAGCUCCAGCAAGAGCUGCGGAGGAAGCACGAGCAGGACCUGGAGGAGGAGAGGAAAAAAAUGGAAAGUGACUAUAACGGAAGAGCAUCGCAUGCAGAAACUCAGUUUUCUGUCGACACACAAACUCUUGUGAAUAAAUACGAAGAAACGAUCCAAAAUCUGGAAGGACGUUACCAGCGAGAGUUGCGUGAACUUGCCGAACAGCAGAGAGAGGAGAAAUCUCAGUGGGAGUUUGAAAAGGAUGAAAUGGCUCAGGAGGUUGCCGAAGCUCACGAGCAACUGAAGCAAAGUCUGGCAAAUGAAAAGGCCGUUUCCUCUGCCCUGACCCGGGAGAAAGAUCUCCUGGAGAAGAACUUCAAGGAAGAGGUGAACAAGCUUGUGAGCGAGAGAGAGCAGCUUCAGAAGGAGCUGCGAGACCUGAGGAAUGCUGCUGAGAAGCAAGAGGAAAAGCUGAAUGAGAAAAUAACACGACUCCAAAACGACCAUGAGAGAGAGCUGAAGAACAAAGAGGAACGAAUAUCCGUGGCGGAGGAAAAUGGGAAGUUGGUUAGGCAAAAGCUGGAGAGACUUGACAGUGAAUAUAAGAGAGAGAAAGACGACCUCAAUUCCAAACUUCUUGCUCUGGAGAGUUUGAACAAAGACAUUUGUGUAAGAGCAGAAACAGCAGAGGCCGAGAUGAGUUUGGAGAUCUCCAACCUUCAAGGGAAAAUACAGGAAUUGCAGUGGGAGGCUUGUAGUUUUUCCGCACUACAGAAUCACUACAGGGUCCUGGAGAAUGAGUAUGCCAAAGCAAAGAGCAAAAUUGCUUCUCUCCCCAGCCUGAUGCCUCUGGGAGAUGAUGUGGACGUCCUCUUAAACCUGCAGAAAGUGCACGAGCAAGCCGUGAAGGAGAAUGUCAGAAUGGCUGCGGAGAUCAUCCGUCUGCAGCACCGGUUGCGAGGUUCCGAGCGGGAGCCCACGCGACCUCACAGUCCCGGCUACUCCGACUCCGGCUCAGACCGAUCUCUGCUGCCGGAUAAAACGGAUCCCGAUUCUGAAGGGUUGCCCAGCGAUGGUAAAGAUGCAGACACGGGGACAGAUUCAGAAGUCCUUCCGCUUUCGGAGUCUGAGACCACCGACCUGGAAGAAAGGUCUGAGGUUGGUCCAGGUUUGGAGGACGCGUGUGUUAAAGUUGGAGCGGGCGGCCACGCGCUCGAGGCGCACAUGUGUCCGAGGCAAAGAAGUAAAGCAGCACUGGGAGCUGACGGCCAUCAGGAUUGUGACAAGAAUCAAGAGUUGCUUUCUCUGCUGCGAACAAAGAGAGAUCUUGAGAAAACUCUGGAGAGAAUUCCCAGACCAAAAAUGCUGCACAAUGACAUCAAACAGCAGAAGGUUCACCUGCUGAAUCACAGAGUGACUCUCCAAAACAAAGGGUUGGUGUCUGAUGCUUUGAAGCUGCAGGUUGAGCUUGAGAAGGCUGAAGAAUUGAGUGAAGCCUCUCUCCGGCUCGAUCAUGCUCCUGGGUCAGCAAAUGGUGACCUGAAAAGCGUAAUAGCUCGGCUUUGGAAAAGGCUCAAGGAGUUAGAGGACAGAUCGAUGGCACAGGCUAAUCUCCUGUCACUGCAAGAAGAAAUGCAGGUAGAAAAUGAGGAUCUGAAAUGUGAAGUGAUAGAGUUAGUUGAAAAAAACAAAGUGCUAGAAGACAGCCUGCGAGAGCUGAGAAGCCUUCACGGCAAACUGGAAGGAGGUAAACGGGAGAGUAUUGAGCUCAGAGAGGAAAACACACAGCUCCUCCAAAAAGUUAAAGAAUUGGGAGAUGCCCAAGAACAAGACGCACCAGGAAGUGUAGCUGCCCACAGUGACCAGUUCAGGCAACGAUGCCAGCUUGGGAAGCUGGAAGAGCACGCCGGCGUGUUUGCGGGUCAGCAAGACGAGCACUCCCAAAGCGACAGCACGGCGCGAGAAACGCUGGAAGAGAGGGAGCCGCAGGAGCCCAGCGGAAAGCGGAAGGAGAAAGCUGCUUCUGGGGUUAAGCCAAACGACGUGCAUCUCCACGAAGGGAGAACGGAGAGGCACGCGGUGCCGCACGGCUUGCAAAGCACGUGCGCCGAGCUGCAGCAAAAAGUCGAUCUUCUGAGAUGUGAAGCCGAGAAGCUCAGAGAAGAAAAUGCCAUUCUGAAGAAUGAAGUGACUUUAUUGAACGAGGAAGGUAGCGCUUCCAGCCUGAAACUGAGGGAGCUCAAUGGAUCCCGAGAAGAAUUGCGGCAAAAGAUAGAGGCUGUGAGAAAGGAGAAAGUGGCUGUACAGAAGAUGGUUGACAACCUGAAAAAGCAG